AUGCAAGAUGAAGAAAGAUACAUGACAUUGAAUUUACAAUUGAAAAAAAGGAGUUCUAGCCAAACAUCCCAACUUAAAUUUAAAGAUUGUUCUGUGAUGUUGCACUGGUAUAAAAUCUUAUUGGGGAUAUCUGGAACAGUAAAUGGUAUUCUGGUUUUGACUUUGAUCUCCCUGUCUUUACUGGUUUCUCAGGGAAUAUUGCUAAAAUGCCAAGAAGCAAAGAAUUCAAAUAUCACCCAACAUGAUGAUAUUGGAAACCUGAAAAUGAACAGUGGCACAAGAGGAAAUAUAACUAAUAAGGACACAAGCCACUGUGGUUCAAAAGCUACAGACCAUUCAGGGUUGUGCCCAUCUGAAUGGCUCAAAUAUCAAAAAAAGUGUUAUUGGUUCUCUAAUGAGAUGAAAAGUUGGAAUGACAGUUACAGGUAUUGUUUGGGAAGAAAAUCUCAUCUACCAAUCAUUCAGGACCAACUUGAAAUGGCUUUUAUACAGAAAAACCUAAAACAAACAAACUAUGUGUGGAUUGGGCUUAACUUUACAUCUCUGAAGAGGACAUGGACCUGGGUGGAUGGUUCUCUGUUAGACUCAAAGACAUUUUUCAUAAAAGGACCAGCUAAAGAAAAUAGCUGUGCAGCCACCAAGGAAAACAAAAUUUAUUCUGAAACCUGCAGCAGUGUUUUCAAAUGGAUUUGUCAAUCAAUCAAUAAUCAAUGAUCAAAGUUUUUUUGCCAACUAGGUUCUAAUAUUAAUCUUAAGGAGUAAGAAUUUAAAACUACAAUUAAAAAAUAGAACUACAAUUAAACAACAAAAUGUCUUCUCCAUUUUCCCUCCAUCAUCUACCUUGGUUCUAACCUUAGAGUACACCAUGUAAACAAUCUAAAAUAGUCCCUUUCAAUGUUUUAUGUGGUAAUAUAAUCCACUGUGAGUCCAUGCAUUCAUACUCAGGAUUUUUAUUCAUUUUUCAUUUUACAACAAAUGUGAUCAAAUUAUACCUGCUUUUCUGUAUUGUGCUUGUUUAAUUUGUAAUAAUAUCCUAUGCAAAUUUCAUAUAAUUCUGAGUUGCGCUUUAGUAUGGAUUCAUACAUU